AGAUCAAUUCUUAAUAUGGUAAUAUUACAUGAUGAAGCAUAUUAUAAAAGUCGAAUACCGCAACCCGAUUUAGGACCUUUUAGAAACUUUUUGCGGUUUCUUUGGGACAGAGAGAGAAAAGCAUUUCUCGACAGAACGGCAAAGGAGUGGGGUCAACUAGGAUUAUUUUAUUUGUGCUUUUUUACUAUUUUGGGAACCAUAUUUGCCAUACAAAUGAAGGUCAGUAUAGAUUACGUUUCUCAACUGGAUAAACCAUUUUUUCAAUACGUUAAUCCAAAAUCUGGAAGAGCCUCACGUUUUACCCGAUCAACUUUCGGCAGCCCAGGAAUAGUUUUUAAACCAAACAGCAUGUCAACUGCAUCGCCUAUUAUUUCGGUGAGUAACUUAACUGGCAACACCAAAUCGGAAAGAUACGUUCAAGCCAUAAAUGAUUUUUUACAAGAAUACGAUAAAAAUAGAUCAAACUAUGAUUUGGACUGUCAGAAAAAACAUUCGAUAUCAGGCCAUCCUAGAAAAUCUUGUUAUUUUAACAUACACAAUCUUGGAAUAUGCAGCACGCCUCCAUAUGGUUAUACAAAACCUUUAAAACCUUGCGUUCUCAUUAAAUUUAAUAAGAGGUUCGACUGGAUCCCAGAAUAUUAUAAUUAUUCGUCGCAUUUGCCGCAGAAUAUGCCAGAGAGAUUGAAGAAAGUGGUACAAAAAUCUCACAAGCCUUAUAUUUGGUUGUCGUGCAACGGAGCGAACAACGUCGAUAAAGACCAUAUCGGAGAAAUAGAAUACAUUCCAACUCCUGGAUUUCCAGUUGAAUAUUUUCCAUUUACCGGACAACUGGAUUAUAUGUCUCCUAUUGUCGCGUUAAAAUUCAACAGUUUAACGUUAAAUAGAUUAGUGACAGUGGAGUGUUACUUAUGGGCUCAAAAUAUCGAGCAACAUUCCCGAUACUCGUUAGACUUUCAAAUAAUAAUAGCCAUCACCGGAGCAUUCUAUACUUGCUUCUUCAGCGCGUUGGCAUUGCUCUUUGCUGUUUGCAUGAAAGGAUUGUUAGCUACGUUAAAUUACGAAAAACCAAGAUGGAUUCUUGAAGAAAGUUUAAUAGGAACCAAUCCAGGCUUAGGAUUUCGACCGAUGUCUAAUAACGCUGAUGAACGAUCCUUAAUUUGGUACAGUUCAUCGGAUCCUAGUUCCGUACAGAAGUGGACAGGGCUGUUAGAUACGUUUUUAGAAGAAUAUAUUAAUUCGUCGUUGUUGCCAAACGGUGGCAGAAAUCAGCAAAUUUGUAAUUACAAUACACCGGUUAAACCAGGACACGUUUGCGCGGUUGAGGUAAACAACUGGGGCCCUUGCUCGCCUAACCACCAAUAUGGUUUCAAUAAUUCUGCUCCUUGCAUCUUCAUUAAACUGAACAGAAUAUACGGUUGGAUACCAGAAUAUUACAACGACACCGAAAAUUUACCCAACGAAAUGCCAGCUGAUCUCGUUGAACAUAUUAAAUCUACCAACAGUUCAUGGUUAAAUACCGUAUGGGUAUCCUGUAAAGGUGCAAAUCCUCAUGACAACGAAGAUAUCGGUGAAUUAAAUUAUUAUCCCGAAAACCAUGGAUUUCCAGGAUAUUAUUAUCCGUAUCAAAAUAUCCCUGGUUAUUUAAGCCCUGUCGUUGCUGUGCACUUCCUACGACCGGCAAGAAAUAAAAUAAUCAAUGUCGAAUGUCGAGCUUGGGCAAAGAAUAUAAAAUAUAUGACGUCUCAGUAUCAACAGCAUGGCAUGGUACAUUUUGAACUUAUGAUCGAUGAAUGAUAGUUAUUGCAUUUCUGUAUAGAAAUAAAAUCUUGUACCUUCGGAUACAAAAAUAUCUGCAGAAUAAUGUGGACAACGGGGACGAAAGAUGUGGUAAAUUUGAAGAAAACAAUCAACGAAACUUUGGUAAACGAGAAAUAAAAAUAAACAUAUUCGCUUUUUUAAUAGGUCCAUAAAAAAAUUAAAGACGUAAUAAGAUUAGACGUAAAGUCAGAAAAUGCUGUUUACUCGAUCCAUUGAAUUCACCAUGAAACUAUUUCGAUUUCGUGAUUGUGUUUAUUGUUAAAUGUUGGCGAAAAUUACUGUAAAAUAAAAUAAUUAUUAAUCA